GGAAUCGAGAACUAUUUCCCGUCAAAAUUUUGGGAGAGGCAACCUCAAACUUGCAGUAGAGGGAAGGAAAAAACCAUCGUCCAUCCAGAGUCAUUAGAAAUCAUGUAAAUAAGAAACCAGAAGCCGCGAAGGUGACAAAUGGCGUCCAAGGCUGCGAAAAAAGUAGGGGCGAAGGCUGUACAAGUAAUGGGAUGGAGGGAGAAGCUGGAGAAAUACAAAGGCGAGCUAUCGAAGGGAGUAUGGGGAUAUAUGCAAGACGGCCGAUGGAAGCCCCUCGCCAUUAGCGCUCGCCACCGCGCUAAGUUACGGAAGCAGGUCCUUUUGGCUGGAGAGGAUUGGCCUUACGAUCCACCCCGAAAGGAAAUGAGAAAUGUAAUGAAGGGUCACAAAUGCGAUAGAAUCUCUGCAGAAAAACGAGCAAACACAGCUGAGCUCAUGAAGCAGAUGCCUCAGAUGCUGCUGGAUUACAAGAAGCGAAGAUGGGAGAAAAAAAUGAGAGAAGAGGAGGAAGAAAAGAAAUAGUGUUUGGAAUGAGCUUAAUGUUUAAAACAGGUUUUCAGAGGUUGCAUUACUAGGGAAACUGAGUCUGUUCAGAGAAAAAAGGUAAAUGUGAACAAUAUAGUGGAUAACAAUUGAAGUAUCAAUGGUUGAAUUGAUUUGGUAUCACUUUAACAGCAAAUAACAUCCUAUCAAGAGCUACAAACAUUUGCUGUAUAUUUUAGUGAAAUUUGUAGACAGAACUGCUUGCUUUUGCUCUUUAUACCAUUAUUGAUUCAUACUUUGGAGUAAA